UAAAGUAUUGCUUGAAUUUCACAUUCUAAGCAUGAUUCACUUGCAUUAUCACGUUCUUCUGUGACUAUAUAAUUUCAAGUAGUUACCUACUUGCUCCUACACUAUACCACCUCGCUUUCCUCCUCUCAUCGUUCUUAAUUUAUCAUUGAAAAAUAAAAUGGUGCACAUCAAAGAAACUAAUGUUUUAAUGGUCUCAUUAUUUUACCAAGGCCACAUAAGCCCUAUGAUUCGCUUUGCCAAACUCCUCAGUUCAAAAGGCCUCCAUGUAACCGUAGCCACAACCAACAAUGCUCGAGACCACUUGUUAAAUGGGUUAGCCAAAGAAACCAACUUCAUCGAUUUUGAGUUCUUCGAUGAUGGCCUAGACAAUGAACUUGACCGCGACAAGAAUCUAGGUAUCCUCCUAGAAGAGUACCUUCCAAGGAACGGAGCAAAAAACCUUUCAGAUCUAAUUUAUACCCUUGAAGCCAAAGGUAAAAGAUUUGCAUGCAUCAUCAACAAUUGCUUUGUACCAUGGGUUACAAAUGUUGCAACCACGCACAAACUUCCUUGUGCUAUGUUAUGGAUUCAAUCUUGUGCAACGUAUGGCAUAUUUUAUCAUUAUUACCACAAAAAUAUAUCCCAUAUAUCUGAAUUAAUUGAUCCAAAUCAUGGUUUUAAAAUACCUGGAUUACCAUUGCUUAAAUUAGAGGAUCUUCCGACCUUAAUUCUUCCCUCAAGCCCUCCUUAUUUUCUAAAGGUAGUUAUGAAAACCAUGAGUAUUCUAGAUGAAUUUCGAUGGAUAUUUGGAAGUUCUUUUUGUGAUAUAGAAGAAAGUUUGGUGCAUUCCAUGAUGCAAUUCAAACCCAUUAUUCCCAUCGGCCCUUUAGUCCCACCAUCUAUGCUUAAAGUUGGAGGUGCGCAAGAAAAUGAGGAAGAAAAUGACUUAUGCAUGAAUUGGCUGGAUAAGCAAGGUAAAUCAUCAGUGAUAUACAUUGCAUUAGGGAGUAUAUCUGUGUUAUCACAAAGUGAGACAGAAGCACUAGCAAUGGCCUUGGAAAGUGACAAAAAUAGGCGAUUUUUAUGGGUGAGGAAGGAAGGCAAAGAGGGUUGGGGAAGGAAAAUGGGAGAAUUACCGGAAGGAUUUAUCGAGAAUACAAAAGACAGAGGACUAAUAGUUCCAUGGUGUUGUCAAGAGAAAGUUCUAAUGCACCCAGCUAUAGAGUGUUUUUUAACUCAUUGUGGAUGGAACUCGACAUUAGAAACUAUAAUGGCUGGUGUUCCGAUUAUAGCUUACCCUGAUUGGACUGAUCAACCAACAAAUGCUAUACUUCUUGUAGAUGUUUUCAAGGUGGGAGUAAGGAUGAGUAAGAAAAAGGACGGUGAGCUUGAGAAAGAGGAGAUUGAAAGGUGUAUUAUGGAGGUGACCACAGGACCACGGGCUUUAGCUAUGAAGGAACAAUCCAUUAUGUGGAAAGAGGCGGCUAAGAAAGCAACAUUAAGUGGUGGAUCUUCCAAUAUGAAUAUUGAGAACUUUAUCAAUGAACUAAAAGGCAAAAUCGUCUGAUAUGAAAUAUGCCUAUUGAGUUUGGAAUUAAUGUUUUUGUUAGUUUAAAUCCCGUUUAAUAAAUAUAUCUUUUGAAAAUUUAUGUGACUACUGAUAGGUAGGACACACAUGUCGUAUAAAAUGUCAGAUGAAUAGUUUAAUCUUGUAUGUUGUGUUUAUUUAUUAAUUUUUACAUUAUUUUAUGUAU